UGGUCAUGGAGGACAACCAGACUACACCUCCUCCUGAACCCACAGUUGAACCAGCUGAGCAGGACAGGACCACACACAGUCUCACUGAGUCAGUAGACAUGGAGGAUGGGAACCCUGAUCUGCUGCUAGUCAAAGAGGAGACAAUAGAAGACGGACCAGAGAGCAUUGAUCUGCUGGGUGGACUAAAGAUGGGGGAGCAAGGUGGUUGGCUGGAGGCUAAAAGAGGAGACUGGGCGGCAAUCUUGGAUUCCCAGACCCAGACCGGUGCAGCCAAGGGCCCAGGGGAUGACAUCAUCGAUCAGGCCAGGACCAGAGGCGACAUAGUGGAGUCUGCAGUCAAUGAUGACCUUCUGAUAUCCGGUGUUACUGGUGGGAGAGACUGGACCUCUGAGGUGGCUGGUCACAAACCCUGGCCCCGGAUCAGAACCAUCGAUCAGGAGCCGUCGCUCUUCCUUCCUGAAUCAGAACCAGGACCAAACCGCGAGGGACAGACACUCCACCACCACACAGAACAUAACCUGUGGACAGGUGGACUGAACAACCUCAGUCCUGGUGGUCAUCAGAGAGACAGAGGCAGCAGUCAGGGAUCCAGUCUGCAGCCCAGACCCUUCUCUUCACAGUCUCAGUGCAGGGAUGAGGCAGGGCCUGGGGCUGAUAGCGAUAGACCCUCCUGUUCCUAUGAUACAAACACCACAGUAUCCAUGAUGCACACAGCAGGUCACCCUGGGCUUCAGCCUUCACAGAGAGUGGUGGGAGACCCCCCUGAUGGUCGUCUAUCAGGAAGUCUGUCUUCUCCUUCAGGAUCUCGUCUAAUGCCUGGUGACUGGGUUCAUAGAAGGCCUGGACCUGGGUCUAGCCUUCCUCAGUUACCUCAUGGUUACCCCACAAAUACAGACAGGGUCAGGAUGGGCGUUCACCACAAGCGCUACCUAGCCUCUAACACAGUACAGAAUCCCAACAACAACCAAACAAUGGCUAGAGGUCAAGGAGGGAGCUCAGAGACUAACCACCUGAGGGUGGUGGCUCCUGCUUCUACCUCCUCUGGUGUCAUUGGGUCACAAUGUGGGAGGCCGAGCGUUACGACGGACGUAGACAAGCCAUAUGCCUGCCCCACAUGUGGGAAGCGCUUUGCUAAGACUAAAUAUAUGAAGCAGCACCAGACCGUUCACACCAAGGAGAGGCCCUUCAAGUGCAAACUAUGUUACAAGAGCUUCUCCUUCCUGAGUUACCUCAUCAGACAUAGGAGUGUCCACAACAGAGAGAAAUCGUAGCUAUUCUUUAGUUGAAAUAGUAUAGUUAUCAUGUGAAGUGUACUGGGGUUGGAGUUUUUGGGGGAUUACUAGGUUCCUUAGUUGAGCAUCUGGGUAUGCUCACAUGAUAUAGCCUUGUUGUUUGGUGUGUUGGCAUAGCCAAAACACUGACAUUGAAGUGUAACACUUUCACCUCUGAAUUUGUUUUUUCUUAUGUUCUAUUCAUAACAAAUGUGUUUUUAUAACACCUUUACCACCUGAUUAUGCCAAAUUAUGUGUUAUUUGUUAAUUUAUGUAUAAAAAAUAGCUUAUCAAAUAUUUUAAUAAAUGAGAAAUCAUGUUGUCCUUU